CCCCCACUCCCUGCCCCCAGGGACGAGGACAAGAAGUCGACGGAGAAGAAGCGGGAUGAGAAGGCCAAGAAGAAGCACGACCGCAAGGCCAAGAAGUACGAGGACGAGGAGGACGAGGGCGGCGAGUGGGAGAAGGUCAAAGGGGGGGCGCCCCUGGUCAAGGAGAAGCCCAAGAUGUUUGCCAAGGGCACCGAGAUCAACCACGCCGUGGUGGUGAAGAAGCUGAACGAGAUCCUGCAGGCCCGUGGGAAGAAGGGCACGGACCGGGCGGCCCAGAUCGAGCUGCUGCAGCUGCUGGUGACCAUCGCGGCCGAGAACAACCUGGGCAUCGCCAUGGACCUCAAGAUCAAGUUCAACAUCGUCGCCUCCCUCUACGACUACAACCCCAACCUGGCCACCUACAUGAAGCCGGAGAUGUGGAAGAAGUGCCUGGAGAGCAUCGACGAGCUGCUGGACAUGCUCUUCGCCAACCCCAACAUCUUCAUCGGGGAGAACAUCCUGGAGGAGUCGGAGAACCUGUCCAACUUCGAGCAGCCCCUGCGGGUGCGUGGCUGCAUCCUGACGCUGGUGGAGCGCAUGGACGAGGAGUUCACCAAGAUCAUGCAGAACACGGACCCGCACUCCCAGGAGUACGUGGAUCACCUGAAGGACGAGGGGCGGGUGUGCGGGAUCAUCGGGCGGGUGCAGAGCUACCUGCAGGAGAAGGGCACGACGGAGGAGAUCUGCCGCGGGUACCUGCGCCGGGUGCUGCACACCUACUACAAGUUCGACUACAAGGCGCAUCAGCGGGAGCAGGGCCCCGCCGGCGACUCCAAGUCGGAGCAGGACCAGGCGGAGAACGAGGGGGAGGACAGCGCGGUGCUCAUGGACCGGCUCUGCAAGUACAUCUACGCCAAGGACCGCACGGACCGGAUCCGCACCUGCGCCAUCCUGUGCCACAUCUACCACCACGCCCUGCACAGCCGCUGGUUCCAGGCCCGCGACCUCAUGCUCAUGUCCCACCUGCAGGACAACAUCCAGCACGCCGACCCCCCGGUGCAGAUCCUGUAC